ACUGACUGACAAGAUGGCUAAGUGGGUAAAAGUACUUGUUGCAAGACUGAGUUUGAGUGGAACCCACAUGGUAAGAGAGAACUGAGUUCCACAAGCUGUCUCCUAACCUCUUCAUUUGCAUCAUGCCAUAUACACCCCCCACACACACAUACCAAAUAAAUGUGAUUUUUAAAAAUUAUGUAUAUGGAUAUUUUGCCUGUUUGUAUGUCUAUCUGUACAGCACUUGUGUGCCUGGUGCCUUGAAAGCCAAUAGAGGGCACCAAAACUCCUGGAACUACAGUGAGUUGAUUGUGAGCCAUCUGAGGAUUCACCUGCACCGUGCACGCUCCAACUUCCCGCGCAAACACAACCACUACUCACAGACAGCUCUAUCCCAACAAACACCAACCAAGAGUCCGUCCCUUCCCCUGAGCCCUCCCCGCAUCAUGCAUGCACGCCUACAACUCCCAGCGGGUCCAGGGACUUGGCGCUGUGCUUUCUGGGACUUGUAGUCCAGGUGACGCACCCUGCGGCCGUGCGCCUGAGCUAGGCAUGUUGGGAGUUGUGGUCCCUGGGCAUGAAGGCGCCUGUGUGUUCGUCAUCAGAGUACCUCCGGAAUUGUCUGCUGGGACUUCUGGAGAACCGGUGAGAACUAGAGCCGUGGCACUGAGGGCUGAGAGCUGCGAACGCCCACGCCGAAGCUGACGGCCCGUAUAUGUGCAUGUGUGGAUGUGGGUAUGGCAUGGGAUGAGCCUGGAAGUCAGAGGACAACUUCUGAAAGCUGGCUGGCCCUCUCUGUCUCUCUCCUUGUUUCUGCCGCACUGCAUACUCCAGACUAGCUGGCCCACAAACUUCCUGGUGAUUCUCUGGUCUCUGCCUCCCAUCCUGCCAUAGAAGUGCUGGGAUUACAGAUGUGUUCUCCUACAUCCACCUUUUUGGAAGCCAGCACAGCAGGCUUCCAUGAUGGUGAAGCUCUAACAUCUCUACAGACCCAGUUCUGAGGCUCCAGCCAUCUCGUGUCUCACUGAGUUCAUCUGCCCCAUGGCCAUCCCCAAGUGCCCUCUGAGCCCAGUACUCUGGGAACAGGACAGCUUCCUUCAGGUGAAGGUGAAAGAGGAGGAAGAAGCUAGCCUCUGCCAGAGCCAGGGAUGCAGCCCUAGCCCUAUUGCCCAUCCUGAGGCUGCACGCCUGCGCUUCCGGCACUUCCGUUAUGAGGAGGCAUCCAGCCCCCAUCAGGCGCUGGCACAACUGCGAGAGCUGUGUUGCCAGUGGCUGAGGCCAGAGUCGUCCUCCAAAGAGCAGAUGCUGGAGCUGCUGGUGCUGGAGCAGUUCCUGGGCGCACUGCCCCCUGAGAUCCAGGCCUGGGUCGGGGCUCAGUGCCCAAAGAGUGGAAAGGAGGCUGCCAUUCUGGUGGAGGAUCUGACUCAGUUGCUGGACAAGAGCGGGUGGGAACCCGGAGUGCAACACGAAGAGGCAAGUUGUAAACAGAGCAGCACAGACGAGUUACACCCACCAGACAUAGCCACUGAAACACCCGCAGGAGUCAUUUCCCCCAAAUCCACCUUUGCCCACACAUGUAAACCUGAGAGCAGCUCUGAGAGCCAGCCAGAGCUCCUAGGAGCACUCUGGAUGAAGUCUGCUGCCCAAGAGAUGGGUUUCAGAAAAGACCUGGGGUCUCACAUGGGUGCCCCCAAAGACCAGCCUGGCUAUGAGUCUGAUGUCUCAGGAAACAGUUCCAACAUGUGGCCCAGCUUCCCUUCCCAAGACAAGGCUUCUUCAGAGGAGAAACUUGGCACGCUGUAUGACUAUGGGACAGUGCCUCCAGAUACACACUCAGGAAAGAAGCCCUCCACGUAUGGUGAAUGUGUGAGAACAUUCCAGAAUACUUCAGCUCUGGAGGCCCACCAGAAGAGCCACUCUCAGAAGAUGCCCUAUGCCUGUGUCGAGUGUGGGAAGGCUUUCAGUCGGAGCACCCACCUUGCCCAACACCAGGUUGUCCACACAGGAGCAAAGCCCCAUGCAUGCAAAGAGUGUGGGAAAGCCUUCAGGCGGGUCACCCACCUGACGCAGCACCAGAGGAUUCAUACUGGGGAGAAGCCCUAUAAGUGUGAGGAGUGUGGCAAAACCUUCAGCCGCAGCACCCACCUCACCCAGCAUCAGCGGGUACACACCGGGGAGCGGCCUUAUGAGUGUGAUCUGUGCGGCAAGGCCUUCAGCCAGAGCACCCACCUGACACAGCACCAGCGCAUCCACACUGGGGAGAAGCCCUACAGGUGUGACGUGUGUGGGAGAGCCUUCAGUGACUGCUCGGCUCUGGUCCGGCACCUGAGAAUCCACUCUGGAGAGAAGCCCUAUCGGUGUAAGGACUGCCCAAAGGCCUUCGCGCAGAGCUCCUCCCUCAUUGAGCACCAGCGCACGCACACGGGAGAGAAGCCGUACAAGUGCAGUGACUGUGGGAAGACCUUCAGCCGCAGCUCAGCUCUCAUGGUCCACCUAAAGAUCCACGUCACUGUGCUCCAGUGACUGGAAACACCACAGCACAGCCUCCCUCAGAGAACCCUGAAUUCCACAGGAGCCAGGAACCCCACUGGUGGAUAACUGUGUCACCCAGUGUCUAAGGGCAGACUGGGGCCAUCUGGGUACACCUCUACAUUUGAGGUCCCAGGUGAACCCCCUAAUGAACAUAGAGAUUCAGACUAAUCGGUGAAACUUCUAGAAGCUCCUACUGCCCUCUCUCUCCCACUCAGGCUGGUCCCAGAGAAAAGAUACCUGAGCUAAAGAUGUGCGUUGCUCAGAUGACCUCUAGGUGAUCCUCUAGGUAGGAAGGCCCAAGCUUCACAUUCUCACAUGGCUACUGUUCUUGCCAGUUCCUUUGCUGUUCAGCCUAGAAAGGAUGCCUGCCAGGCUCACUCCAUGCCUUCCUCCCUGCUUCCCCACCACAUUAGUGUAUACUAACGCCGAGACACUUGUGAGGCCGUCUGCGGUGUGGCCUUCUCCAUGCCAUCCCACUCGUGCUUUCCCUGUCUGCAGCUACCAUGCUGCUUGACACUUGCCCACUCUCGUCCUGUCCUCCCACGUCUCAGGCUCCAGCCCUGUGGAUUCACCUCGGGCUCAUCUCUAAUCUAGCCCCUCCUCCAGCAUCACCUUCCGUGAGCUCUCAUGGCCCCCACUGGAUUUUUAUCAGGGCUCUUCUUUCUCACUCCUUCCGGCCUUAAUUCCAUCCCCACCCACUUUCUUCCUGCUGCGGCUCUUUUUGCUACCCAGUCAUAUUGUGUCACUCCAGGGGAGGAAGUUGCCCGGUGAGUCACCUUUCCAGCAAACUUUGGUGAAUGAGGUACAAGUAUGCCAGGAUACAUGUCACUUCGGCCCAAGCAAUUGUUCUAGUUACCCUCAACUGUGUAUAUGAAUGUUUGUCUUGGUUGCACAGUGAUGUAAAAGUGGUUUCAAAGUACUAGUCUGCCUGUUGGGCAAACUACACUCCUUGCCUUGUCUGUUUGCUCCAGACCUGGCCUCCUCUCGCACCUUCCACUCCUGUAGCCUUACCUCCCAAUGCCAGCCAACUCUCUCCCACCUGUGUGCCUCUCUGCCUGUCCCUGGAACUCGGAAGCCCUCGGUCCUCUGAUAUCGCAGGUGUCCUUGAGGAGCUUCCCCAGCCAUUCUGACCUGACCCUCCUUGCUGCUGUGGGGCCCCAUUCACCGCUGUCUCAAACCUCUCACCAUGUCACGGUACUUGUGCUUCUUACAGAAUGCACAGACCAGCGCUCCCAAGGACACAAAAUAGUUCAUGCUGUGGACAGGGCACAAGAUGCACAGACCCUUCCCAGGGUCUCCAGGAGUGUGACCAAUACAUCCCUUGGAUAGUUACUGUCCUCCACCUGGAGCCCCUGUGCGCACAUAAGCCUGGCUGCAGUAGUCAAAACAAAACAUGGCUAUACUGAGUCUUCCUUAAACCCUGGGUGCCAUAGACUUAGGGGAUGCCAGCACUCUGCCAGUCCUAAAAUCAUAACCUAUUUACUCUGCCUGACUUCCUUAACCUCAGAAAGAGGAUCCCCUGGCUCUUGUGCCUCUUGACAAACACGGAUGACUUCACAAGGUCCUCAGUCAUGGAUCUACGUGAGAUACGGUAUCUAAACCCAUUGGCAUAAUACACUUUGUUUUCCUGAGCCUCCCAUGUCUCCUCUUGUGGCCUCACCUGACUAUCACACACAAGAACAGAGACCACCAGGAGAGUUGCAAACUGGAGAAUUUCAAUAAAAGUACUGAAAUUCCUACCA